AUGACGUUCAUCACACUUUGCCGACAAGAUCAUCAUCUAGAUUCAAUUUUGAAAUCUCGAAUUGAUUCUAACGACAUCAUAUUGCGCACACUGAAAUACUUCCAGUUACUUGGCAGAAACAAUUUGACAAUUUUGACAUCACGACAAUUCUUUCGAAAUCCUGCUAGUUUCAUUUUGCGAAUAGGAAAAUGCAGCCGAUUUAGUGACAUUUAUGCCCCAAAGCUUUCUCGAGUGGAUCAACGCAUCAGUCCAAAAGUCAGUAUUAAAUAUAUUAGUAGGAAUAAAAUGAAAUCAGAUGCUGACAAAUGA